AUGUCCCUGCAGAGCCGCCGGAGCCAGCUGCUGCUGGUGAACUCGCUCACCUUCGGGCUGGAGGUGUGCCUGGCCGCUGGCAUCACCUACGUGCCACCACUGCUGCUGGAGGUGGGAGUGGAGGAGAAGUUCAUGACCAUGGUUUUGGGGAUAGGCCCCGUGCUUGGGCUGGUUUUUGUGCCACUCAUCGGCUCGGCCAGCGACCACUGGCACAGCAGCUACGGCCGGAGGAGACCUUUCAUCUGGGUGCUGUGCCUGGGGGUGCUGCUCAGCCUUUUUGUCAUCCCCCACGCCAGCAGCCUGGCCAGCCUGUGUGCCCUCAACCCCCGGCCUCUGGAGAUCGCCUUCCUCAUCCUGGGCAUCGGGCUGCUGGAUUUCUGUGGCCAGGUGUGCUUCACCCCGCUGGAGGCUCUGCUCUCCGACCUCUUCCAGGAGCCGGACAAUUGCCGCCAGGCCUUCUCCAUGUACGCCUUCAUGAUCAGCCUGGGGGGCUGCAUCGGGUACCUGCUGCCAGCCAUCGACUGGGCCUUCCUGGCACCUUACCUGGGCAGGCAGGAGAGCUGCCUCUUCACCCUGCUGGCCCUCAUCUUCCUGGGCUGUGUGCUGGCCACGCUGUUCGUGACAGAAGAAGCCGCCCGGGGGGAUAUCCCGGAUGGGCCAGCGCUCAAGGACACGUCGCCAAAGCCAUCCCUGUCGUGUUGGCAGCUGGCCCGGGGGUCCUGCGUGCUGCAGGGCAGGCAGGUGCUGCAGGCUGCCAGGAACGUGUGCUCGCUGCUGCCACGCCUGCACGGGCUCUACUGUCGCAUCCCCAGGGUCAUCCGCCGCCUCUUCGUGGCCGAGCUCUGCAGCUGGAUGGCUCUCAUGACCUUCAUGCUCUUCUACACCGAUUUUGUUGGGGAAGGGCUGUACCACGGCGUGCCCAGGGCCAAGCCGGGCACGGAGGCCAGGCGUCACUAUGAUGAAGGUGUCCGGAUGGGCAGCCUGGGCCUCUUCCUGCAGUGCAUCACCUCCAUCUUCUUCUCGACAAUCAUGGACCGCCUGGUGAAGCACUUUGGGACCCGGGCAGUGUACCUGGCCAGCGUGGUGUUCUUCCCCGGGGCAGCCUUUGUCAUGUGCCUGUCCCACAGUGUCACCGUGGUCACCAUCUCUGCUGCCCUGACAGGAUUCACCUUCUCUGCCCUCCAGAUCCUGCCCUACACGCUGGCAUCCCUCUACCACCACGACAAACAGGUAUUUCUGCACAAAUACAAGAGGAAAGAGGAGGAAGAUGCUGCUCUGCUGGACAAGAAAUCCACCUUCUCCAAGGGGCUGCUCUCCAGCCAGAAGCUGCCUUACCAGAACGGCCACACUGGGAGCCUCUUCUCCUCUUCCUCUUCCUCCUCCUCCUCCUCUUCCUCCCCUCCAGCCGUGUCCAGCUCCUCUCUGUGCGUCCCCUCCUCCUGCGACGUCUCCCUGCGGAUCGUGGUGGGGGAGCCGGAGCUGGGGGCUCCUGGCAGAGGGAUCUGCCUGGACCUGGCCAUCCUGGACAGCGCCUUCCUGCUGUCCCAGGUGGUGCCCUCGCUCUUCAUGGGCUCCAUCGUGCAGUUCACGCAGUCUGUCACUGCCUACAUGGUGUCAGCUGCUGCUCUCGGGCUGGUCGCCAUCUACUUCGCUACCAAAGUUGUUUUUGACAAGGGUGACAUGGCCAAGUACUCGGUGUGACACGGCUGGGUGGCAGAGCCAGCUGCGUGUGAGCCCACAGGGUCAUUUGUGGGGUUGCCUGGUGUGGCAUUGCUGUCCCCAAGCUGCUGCUGUCACCCCCCGGGGGUGGCUCUGGGGCUGGGGGCAGCGCGGGGUUAAUCUCAGGUGUAAAUAAGAGGCUCUGGGGCUUCGUGCUCAGGGCCAGAAGUGCUUUCCAAAGGUGCCUUCAGCAGAGGGGAGCAGGGCACAGCAGCACCAAAGGGGCUCUGCAGGGGGGAGAAGGGAAUUGGGGUGGUCACGGGUCGAGGGGAUCCAUCCCUGCCUCUGCUCUCCUCUCCCCCUGCUUGGUGCAGUUUUUACCCAAUUUCUUGAGCAAUAUUUCAGCAAAUGGGGCGCUGGGAGGAGAUUUCCUGUGGAAAAAAAAAUAAAUAAAAAGGCAGCGAGGUGGUUGAGGUUUGGCUGUGGGGGUGCCCAGGUGCACACCCACAUUUCUACCCUCCUGUCCUUCCCCCACCUCCAUCCAAAACCAUCCAGGAGAAAAGUUACUGUGCCUUGUUUUGGGAAAAAAAACAAGGAACAUCCCAUUAGGACCAGUUCCAAAAGGUGACUUAACCUUUACCU